AUGGCUUUGCCUAAAAUAACCGUAGUUUUACUUUUAUUCUACUUUUGGCAAACAGCGGAAUGUGCUUCAAUUCUAGCGCUGUUUUCUUCUUUAUCUUUUUCUGAUCACCUUGUCUUCAGGGGAUACAUCUCACUACUAGCUCAACGAGGUCAUUCUGUAGUAGUGAUGACACCUUAUCCUGGGCACUUUACAUAUCCAGAUUUGGAAAGGAUUAUUGAGCUCAAUGUUGGUCAAGAAUCUGCGCCCUAUUGGGAAGAGUAUAAGAAUUUAAUGACAGAUACAGACGACUAUUACCCGAGAAUGAGAGCAAUUAAUGAUCUUUCCAUUAAACUGGCUGUUUCUCAACUUAAGUCGAAGGCUAUGACGGCGUUGUUAAUAAAUCCAAAUGUAAAGUUUGAUCUGGUUAUUACAGAAGCCGACGUACCAGUCUUAUAUGCGGUUGCAGAUAAGUAUCAAGUUCCUCAUAUUGCUAUUACGACUUCAAGUGGUAAGAUACAUCAGUACGAAUCCAAAGGUUCGCCCAGUCAUCCUAUAUUUUAUCCAGAUGUUAACAGCCUGAAUUAUAGAAACUUAAGCCGGUGGCAGAAACUUGUGGAAAUAAAUCGGUAUUUCCAAACCAGAAAUGAAUAUUAUAAUACUUACCUUCCCCUAUGUGAAAUCGCCGCACAAAAGAUAUUCGGACUGAAAAAAAGCUUACAGGAAAUUGAAUACGACAUAGAUUUAUUAUUUGUUGCUGCGAAUCCUUUAUUAAUAGGAAAUAGGCCAAGUCCACCUGCAAUAACAUAUGUUGAUCGUAUGCAAAUCAAACCAGGUUUUCUCUUACCACAGGACCUUAAAGUUUUGCUAGAUUCUGCAAUAAACGGUACAGUUUACUUUAGUCUUGGAGCAAUUCAAGAGCCAGAACAUCUUUCGGUAAAUAUAUUGCAGAGUUUAGCUGAUGCAUUUAGAGAACUGCCUUAUUUAGUAUUGUGGAAGAUUGGGAAUACUACUAUGAUAAAUAAACCAGAUAAUGUAAUAAACAGUGCAUGGUUCCCGCAGCAAGAAGUAUUAGCUCACCCAAGUCUCAAAGCGUUUAUCACACAUGGUGGGGCAAGGUCACUUGAAGAAGCACUAUUCUACGAAGUUCCAAUAAUAGGUCUUCCAGUUCUUAGAUCAAGAAAAGUUUUUAUUGGGGAAAUAACUCGCUAUGGAGCUGGGGAGAUCUUAGAUAUCAAUUAUUUAGAAAAAGAAGUUGUGAAAGAAGUUAUUACAGCAGUUGCAACUGAUGACAAGUACAAAAAAGCUAUGUCGAAAUUGAAGAGUAUGGUUGUGGACGAAAUCAUAUCAGGUCCUGAAAAUGCGGUUUGGUGGACUGAAUACGUUUUGCGUCAUGAAGGCGCCAAACACUUACGGUCUCCUGCCGUGGGUCUUAGUUUCUACAAAUAUUAUAUGCUAGACAUAAUUAGCGUCCUGAUAUUAAUAUCGCUAACGUUACUUACAGCAACGUUUUAUAUCGUGCGAUAUAUUAUAAAGCGCUUGCGUGCACGUAUACUUCAAAGAUUUGACAAGUCAGGAAAAUUUAAAGCUUUGUAAUAAAAUAAGAAUAUAUUGUACUUAUAUAUUUCUAAAUUCAAUUUUUGUUGUAGCUAUAAUAUUAUUGUGUAUGUAUGUAACACAUAAAUAAGUAAAAAUUCCAGUGAAAUGUUUAAACUUAUUUUUCCUUGAAUGAAUUCUUAAUUACCUCUAGGCUGCCUAGAAAUAGGUUUGUACGGAUCCACAUACCUUUUAUGUAAAAUUAAAAUUGUUUGUAUGAUUUUGUUCAUUUGUAAUAAAAAAAGUUUAUUA